UGCUGCACCUACUUCUACAUCAGCAUUACUGUUGCAGCCACUCCUGCUGGGAUCAGAUGACUCUUAAAGUGACUUUGAAGAUGAGGGCUUCCAUCUCACUGCUGGUGCUGCUGGUGUUGUUCUCAAUGUCUGGAGCUGAGACCCCAGUCAAGUCGAAUGAAAUCGAGAGCGCAUGUCAUGGCAUUGGGACUGCUCUUGCAACUGUGUCUGCUAAGCUGAAUGCACUUGAGCAGGAGGUGGCAGCUCUGAGAGAGAUCAAAGCAACACCCAAGGUGGCCUUCUCAGCAUUUCUACCCAUCGCAGGAUUCCUGAGGGCUGGUCAUAAUCACAUGAACUUGGUAUUCAGUCAAGUCAACACCAAUGUUGGAAAUGCCUACAGCAGCACAACUGGCUUCUUCACAGCUCCAGUUAGGGGUGUCUACUACUUCAGGUUCACUGUUGUGGAUAAACUAAACGGCCACUGGAUGGCUGGAUGGCUCUUUAAGAAUGGGCAGUUUGUCAUCAGGCUGUAUGAGUGGGACACGGAUGGAGAGGUUACUAACGUGUCCAGUGGAGUUGCUCUAGAGCUGGAGGAGGGAGACACAGUUAACAUGGUGCUCCCAGCAGGCUUCAGGCUCUGGGAUAAUAAAGAUAACCGCAACACAUUCAGUGGCUUCCUGAUCUUCCCUCUCUGAACAGAGGCAAAUGAUCACUUACAAUCAGGCACCAUUCAUUUUGGAAAACUGCCUCUUACAGUCAGUUAUCAUUACUAUGCUAAUUAUCCUUGAUUCAGCUACUUCUUUUUCAUCAUCAUAUUCAUAUCACACUAAUCACAUUUAAAUACCAGUGUGCUUGUUUGUCAAAGGAUCGAUCUGUUUGUGAUCUGAUGGAUGAUAAUUAUCGAUUCUUGAUCAUGGUCAAAUAAAUCUCUCCAGAUCGUUGGGGUUAUCUUUGCACAUCACCACUAAACUCUCUGUAAUCAGUGUAAUCAUAUCUUCUUGCUAUCCAUGAUCACAUUCUCGGAGUAGCAUGAUAAAAUUGUAGAAAAUAAUCGUAUUUCUUGACAUGAAUGGAAAUCAAAUAAACAA